AUGGGUAAUAGCAUGGGGGAUAAGCCAUCUCGUCAUAGCAGUUUUCAUGAUGCGGAUACUUACACCAACAGGGGUAAAAUUACCAUAGCUACAUUGACGCCAAAAGAAACUGUAUUAAUUUGGUUUGACGAAAAUAUGGAUUCGGAACCAGUAGAAACAAAACGUACACUAUCACAAAUAACUGAUCAAGUAGUCUUUUAUACAUCACAAAAAUUAUUUCUUGACUAUACUCGUUCGAUUCCAAAUCAAACUAAAAGUAUCGUGCUAAUUGUUUCAGGAGCGUGUGCAAGAGAUAUUCUAAAGGAAUGCCAUUCUUUACAACAUAUUAAUUCAGUUUAUAUCUAUUGCAUGAUUCGUGAUCGUUAUAUAUCGCUGAUGGCUGAAUACAAUAAAGUCAAAGGUAUUCACAAUGAACUAGAAGAUUUAAAAAUAAGUUUGAUAGAAGAAAUUACUCGAUCGAUAAUUGCUCGGCCAAUGAUUGUUCAAUCGACGGUUGCUCAAUCGACGAUCGCUCCGUCGAGUUUUUAUACACUAAAACAAAAUUAUAAUCGUAAUUUGACUAGAGAAUCAGCUUCAUUCAUCUGGUUUCAAUUAUUGAGAAAUAUACUUUUCAAAAUGCCGACCAAGAUCUAUCGUACGAAUGAAGCAAAACAAGCAUUACUAACUCGAUGUCGGAGCUACUUUGCUACCGAUGAAGCACAGUUAAAAAAUAUCAACGAGUUUGAGGAGAAAUAUCGACCAGAAAAUGCGAUUAGAGAAUAUACAAAAGAGGGGUUUCUCUACAAGAUCAUCAAUCAGGCAUUGCGCACUGAAGAUGUUCAGCUACUGUAUGCAUUUCGUUAUUAUAUUGUUGAUCUAUGGUUGUCGUUAGUGGAACUGUCAAACAUAUUCAAAACUUCAUCUCGAGCUACUACUGCUGCAGAUCAAACAAUUUUAGUGUAUCGUGGUCUUAUAUCGACCAAGGAUGAACUGGAUAAACUUAAGAUAAAUCUAAAGGACAGUGAUCUGUUGGCACCAAACGGCUUCAUCUCAACAAGUUUAAGGAGAGACGUAGCUGAAACAUUUGCCGAUAUAAAUAAUGAAAGACAAAAUGAUACUAAAGUUAAAAUUAUACAUGAAAUUAAAAUUAAUUUAAGACUGAAAUCAAUUGUUCUAGCUGAUAUAUCUGGCUUGAGUGCUAUCGAUAACGAAGCUGAAAUCUUAAUCGGUGUAGGUGCAACGUUUAAAUUGGAUGAAAUAGAAGAACGGAAGAAUGAUAAUGGUACAGAUAUCUAUUGGUUAAUUAAAAUGCAUGCAACGGAUGAAGGAGAGCACAUUGCUCAGGAGUAUAUUGAUUAUGAACGUAAGGAAUCUUGUGGUAAUAAUGAAACCAUUGUAUUUGGUAGAUUAUUAAUUAAUAUGGGUGAAUAUAGAAAAGCAAUUGAUUAUUUUAUAACUCUAUUACCGUCAUCAAAUAGAAAAAGUGUCAAUAAUGAUAAUAAUGAUAAAAUGUUUGAAGAUUUAUUCCCGUCAUCGAGCGAAGAAGAAAAUAAUCAACGAGCUAUUAUUUAUUUUUCACUUGGUGAUGCCUACGUAUCAGUUGGUGACGUCGAUCGAGCACUAAGAUAUUUAGAAGAAUCACGUCUGUACUAUGAUUUAUUGAAUAAUAACUAUGUGCGUUCAGCCAGUGCUUACAUUUCUCAACAACAAUAUGAUCUUGCCCGUGACAAUUAUACACAAGCUAUUGAGUUAUACAGACAGCUAGAACAUCAAGAACUAAAUAUUGCCUGUUGCCUCAACGGUUUAGGUGAUGUUUAUGCAGACUCAAGUACAAAAGAUUAUGGAAAAGCAGCAAAUUAUUAUAAAGAAGCAUAUGACAUAAGAAAAAAACUUUUAACUGAUCUUCAUCCAGAAAUAGCUAUGAGCUUCUAUAAUAUGGGCCGACUAUGUUAUUUACGAGGUGAUGAUAAUCAUGCCGCUAAGUAUUUAUAUGAAGCUUUGAAACGAAAAGAAAAGAUUUUUCUACCGUAUCAUCAAUCUAUUGCAUGUAAUUUACAUUGCAUGGGUAAAGUUUAUCAUAGGCAAGGUGAUUAUAUUCGAGCAUCAACGUGUUUAUACAGAGCAUUAGAAUGUUACACUCAGACACUGGGAUCGAAUCAUCCAGAUGUUUUAAAUUUAGGAAAUGAUAUUGGUAAAGUAAUUUCUGCUGCAAACCGUAAGAUUAAGAAGACUUGA